CAAUGGCAUCUACUAUGAAAGCAUACACAACUCAAAAGGCUCUGAAGACUGUCGUUGAGAACUUCAGAAAACCACGUCAAUUAUUCGUUUAUCAUCCAAUUCAAUUUGAGAUUAAUGGUACUUUCCCAGCUACAAAAACUUCUUUAUUUUCAAAAAAUGUUAAUGGAACUACUUAUUGGCUUGCAAAUAUGACAAGUCUGUAUGAAAGAGACCGUCAAAUUCUGACACACGAUGGAAAGUUUCGAGAAGAAGACUUUCUGGCGGUUUUUGAUGAAUUCUGUAAAACAAAUGGAUUGUUUGCUGGCUCCAAUGCUCCAUCAACUGUAGCCGAGAAAUGUUACACUAAAGCGAUUGAAAAGUACAUGAAGAAAAACAAUAUUAAUGCAGAGGUGCAAAACAAAUCAACACACUUUUUUGCAAUGAAUGAAAGUCAAAUUUUCAAAUAUAGAAAUUAUGGUGAUACAACAUUACCUGAUGGAUACUCAAUUGAUAUACCUGAAUCAACAAAUGAUGUUAUGAAGAUUGUAGGAUCAUCUAUCACACCAAAUGCAAAAUUAGUAGAAGAAAAACUUCGACGGUUCCCAUCGCUCUGCGUUCGUAAAGGCGACGAACUUGUUGGAUUCAUUUCUUCAGAAACUCACGGAGCACUUGCUCAUUUGCAUGUCUUUGAUGGGCAUCGUGGUAAAAAUCUUGGAGAGAAGUUGGAGAUUGGAGCUGCUAAAAUGGCUAUUGAAAAUGGAAUGCGUCCAUGCAAGUUCAUCGACACAACAAACAGUUUCUUCUUGGAAAAAGCAAAAAAGUCAAAGUUGAUGGAUGUUGUUGAGUCCAAUGGAACACCGCUAGUUUUCGACCAAAAUGUUUAUUCCCAGGCGUCAAAUUAUGGAAUGCACAAGUGAUUUUAAUAGGAAUACAAUGAACUUACAAUAAAUCAAAUAUACAUGUAAAUAUUGAAUAAAAAUUCGAAUACC